AUGCUCUCAGCCGCACCCCAGCUUCCCGCCUUCGCGCAAAUCCGUCCGUGGACCAGGUCCCCUCGGCCCCAUCCUUUGACUACCCGCCUCUCGCGCUUCCGUCCUGGAAUUGUGCCGACGGCUACAUCAGCAUCGCCGCUCGCGCGGCGUGUCGCGGAUGCACGUGCGCAGCUCACCACCGACCUCAUACCCGCCACAUACGACAUGUCCGUCUCCUCUGGCGGGUCUAUACUCGCUCUCGCGAGUGGUUCUGGAUGGAAAGGCCGUGAACCAGCUUUGCAGUACUAUCUACUUGGCUCUCAGCUGGACAACGCACUCGAUGGCGUCAGUAUGAAUCCUGGUCUUGCCGGUGUUCCGCGCUUCGUUGCGACGGACGAGGACCUCAACCUCGCCUUUCUCGCAGAUGAUGAUCAGAUCAAGUCCUUCUCUUUCAGUCCGGGAGAGGAUGGGAAGGUGCCCAAACGCCUGCCAAACAUACACACCCUGCACUCAGAGGGCGUCUUCGACGGACCCAUCGCUGUUCUCCCGAAUGGACGCGUCGCCCGAGCGGGCAAAGGACAGGCCGCUAUCUGGAAUCUGUCUAUCCCGGAAGGCGACCAUGAGGACACCGGGACACUUCGUGCCGACGAUACCUUGGACAACGACAACUGGCGUGAGGCGCGCCUCCCUGCAGUGAAGAUCUCUCAGGAGAGCAAGCUGCACUCCAUCGUCGCAUUUGCAGAUGACUCAGCUUAUGCGCCUGCGACCUGGCAUUUGCACGCGCCAUCAGGGAGGCUUCUAUGCGGCGAGCGCGCGGCACGGUCUGGUGGCUAUUCGUGCGUCUCCCUCGAUCUAGAGCACGGCGGACGACAAGCAGCUCGCUAUCUAGGCCACGGGGGCGAUGUUGUGCGCAUUACGACCAGCCCUGACGACCCCAACCUCUUCGUGACGGCUGCCGGCGACGGAUACGCGAGGAUGUUCGACGUGCGGAGGCCCCUUCCUGUGCUCACGAUCGAAACCGGGAUUCAGCGCGAAGGGUGCGCAGACGUCGUCUUCGUUCAUCCCGACGGCAUACCGACCUUGUUCACUGGCGGCGACCGCACGCAGCAGAUCAAGAUGUGGGAUAUCCACGAGCAGGAGUGCGUGUACGAGCUGUCGACGGGAAACAACGCAGUCAGCGCCAUGGCAUGGGACGCCGCGCACGCGUCGCUAUUCGUCGCGACGGCAUGCCCGCACGUCAACCGCAUGGGGGAGCGCGCGGGCUAUCGGAGGGCGCGCAUCCCGGCGUGGGCGACGUGGGCGAGCCGGGGCUACUACGACCUCGGGUCAGAAGACGAGGAGGACGAGGGCGAGGAGGAGAUCGACGAGGCGUACUCUGCCGACAUGCGUUGGCCGGACAAGUGCUUCCACAAGGAGAACUACUUUGGGUACGCGUAUGAUGCUGGCGAGAAUAUGUUGUUCAGAUGGCACUUCAAAGACGAGCCAGACAUCACACAGCUUCCCGCAAGCACGACGGUCGACUGGUAG